AUGAGUCAGGCCUCGCCAUUCCUCCUUUCCCUCGGCGUAUCGAAGAGCAUGAUGUCCGUCGUCUUCCUCGCCGGUCCGCUAUCCGGCCUCAUCGUCCAGCCUCUCGUCGGCGUCCUUUCCGACGGAUGCAAGUCCUCACUGGGAAGACGACGACCGUUCAUCAUUGGCGGAUGCGUCUUGACCAGCCUGUCCGUCGUGAUGCUCGGAUGGUCGAAGGAGAUUGCGGGCAUCUUUGCGAGAGACGGGACGAGCCUGCAUAACCACCUUGCGAUAGCUUGUGCCGUCCUAUCGGUCUAUGUGAUCGACUUCAGCGUCAACGUCGUUCAAGCGAUGGACCGCUCGCUCCUCGUCGAUGUCGUCUCGCCAGCACAACAAUCAGCGGCGAACGCAUGGGCAGGCCGCAUGUUUGGCUUUGGCGCUGUCUUCGGCUACUGGAUUGGCGGAGUCGACCUCGUCUGGUUCACGCGCGGCUUGCUGGGUGACCAACAGUUGAAGGUCCUCACCAUCUUCACCUCGUUCUUCCUCUGCGGCACGCACGCCAUCACCUGCUCCUGCGUGCAAGAGCGAGUACUCAUCUCGCGGGAUGACGAGCACGAGGCGGGCGGCGGCGGACCGAUGCGAGCGCUGGAGGAUAUCUGGCAGACAAUCAAGACGCUGCCAAGACCGAUUCGGCAGGUAUUCAAUGUCCAGUUCACAGGAUGGAUCGGCUGGUUCCCCAUCCUCUUCUUUUCGACAACGUGGGUCGCCGAGAUCUACGUCAAGAGCCACGCCUCUAGCGGCGCGACAGACCUCGCGUCGGCGAGCGAGGAGAUGCGCGCUGCCGCAACUCGAGCCGGCACGCAUGCGAUGCUCUGGCACUCGGUCGUCUCGCUCACGACAUCCAUCCUUCUGCCACCUCUCGUCGCCAAUGUGUCGAGCUCAGCUUCGACUUCCCAGAAUGACCGCUCGAGGUCGCCGUAUGGCGGUCGGAACUCGUCUUCGCCGCUCGACGUCAUCAAGCGCGCCCUGCCUUCUGUUCCCUUCACCUGGCUCUCCCUCCCGCUCCUGUGGGCGAUCUCGAACGGCUUCUUCGCCUUCCUCCUCUUUGGCGGAACCUGGAUGGUUAGCAGCGUAGGCGGAGCGAGCUUUGUCAUUGCAGCAGCUGGCUUUUCGUGGGCUGUCACCAACUGGGCCCCUUUCGCUCUCCUCGGCGAACUUAUCCUCCGCAUCGGCUCCUCGCCUCAUCCCCUGAGCACUCUGUCGCCGAACAACUCGACCAUCAUGCUUCAACCCAAUCCUUCCUCUACGCACUUCCGCCUCUCCUCUGGCUCAGACGAUGAAGACGACGCAUCGACCGGCCUUACCGACAAGCACGGACUUCCGCACUCGCCGAAGCGGAAUCGCGCCCAUCCUCCUCGUGAUCUCGACAUUACGCCUACUCCACCUGCCCGCUUCUCUCGAUCGGGUGAACAAGUCGGCCGCGACGACGAGUUCCCGACGACGCCCACGACUGCCCGAUCCUUCUACUUCGAUGCCGCCUCUGCUGGCGAAGAGAGCGACCAGGAGCGGAUGCGGCUGGAGGACGGAACAAUGAGCCGCUCGACCUCGGACAACUCGUUCAGAUCGACCAACUCGGGUCCUCAGCUUGGCUCUCCCUCGACUACCGGCUCACGAACACCUACUCUCUCCGCAUCACCGAGCUUUACGUCCGAUCGGCUGAACGAUUCGCACGGCUCCACGAGGCGGAAUAGCUUCGAGUCGGCCAAGAGCGGCAGCACGAUCGCCUUUCCCCCAAAUCACGGCUCGGUAGGCGUCAACCUCUUCGAUGCGGAUGAGGAGGGUGGCGGCUUUCCACGCGGCAACAGAGGACGGCUCUCGCAGGAGUUCUACUCGGCGGACCCGUACGCCUAUGGCGGAAGGAGUGCGCUCGCCUCGUCUUACGGGAGAGGCGGGAAGGGAUCGGAGUCGACGAUCCACCUGCCGCGCCGGGGCAGCGUGCAGAAGGGGACGUAUGGCGGAGAGUCUGGCCUGGACAGCGACGGCGAGGCAGCCGGACACGACUCGUCUCGCAUCCUGCAGAUCCGGCACUCCGACUCGUUCGACCUCGACGAGGCGGAGCGCGACAGCUUCGACUUUGCGGACGGUCCAGGCGGUCGAGGACAUCUGGAGGUGGGCGGUCAGCGGUCGAUCUCGGUGUCGCCCGCGCUGGGACGGAACGGUGGGGCACGGACGCCUCGAAUCGUUGUCGAAGGCGAGGAGGGGCAGGAGGACGAGUGGCAGGCCGAAGCAGCUGAGGACGGCUCGGAUGCGGGCAAUGUUGCUGGAGGCGGAGAUCAAACGGGCGUCAUCCUCGGAUGCCACAACAUCUUCCUCGUCCUACCGCAGUUCCUCGUCACGGCCCUCUCCUCCAUCAUCUUCGCUAUCCUUGCGCCGCAUCACUCGGUGCUUCCCGCGCACCAUCCGACUAUCGCUCCGCCGAACACCAACCUGACGACCGCUUCAACCAUUUCAUUGAGCGUCGCGAGUAUCGACGACAUCGACGCUAUCGGGACGAACGAGUUUGCGUCGCUAGCUGUCCGGGCAGUCGCCGCCGUAGGAAGGGCGUUCGUCGAGCGGAGACAGGAGGCGGGCGAAGACUUGCCGCCAGGAGGUCAAGCCGGAUGGGACGCACUUGGCCUGAUCUUCCGGAUCGGCGGCAUCUCAGCGGCGUUCUCAACGUACAUCUGCUUCCAGAUGUGGCGCGACAAGGUGCGGACGGAGAAGCGGGCGAGGGCAGCCACUCGAGGAUACCGGUUAGGCGUGUGA